CCAUUCCUCAAGGAAUUGGGGAUUCCAUGAACUUGACGACGUUGGAACUUGGUGUAAACCAAUUUACUGGUUAUUUGCCCGAAAAUAUUUGUCGUUCUGGACUACUUCAAUACUUUUCUGUAAACAACAAUCAUUUCAUUGGUCGUGUUCCCCAAUUCUUGAAAAACUGUACGAGCUUGGUAAGAGUCCACAUGAAUGGAAACCAACUUGUUGGAGAUAUAUCUAAAGACUUUGGUGUCUAUCGAAACUUGCAAUUCAUAGAUCUAAGCCACAAUUACUUUCAUGGAAAGAUUUCAAGUAAUUGGGGACAAUGUCCAAAGUUAGGAACCCUACAGAUGAGCGGGAAUAAUAUUACUGGUGGCAUACCGCUCGAUAUUGGGAAUUGGACUCAACUGCAUGUACUUGAUCUUUCUUUAAAUCACAUACUUGGGGCGAUUCCAAAAGAACUUGGAAAACUAACUUCUCUAGAGAAAUUGUGGUUGAAUGGCAAUCAACUCUCUAGUGCUCUACCUUUAGAAUUUGAAUCACUGGCCAAUCUUAAAUUCCUCGAUGUGUCCUCAAACAAGUUGACCGACCCAAUUCCACAUAUUCUUGGGAACCUACCAAAAUUGUACAACUUGAAUUUAAGCCAUAACAAUUUUAGCGGAGGGAUUCCAAAACCGCUCAUGAGCUUAAUUCAUCUAUCAGUACUAGAUUUAAGCUGUAACUCUUUAAGUGGAGAGAUACCAUCAGAAAUCAUCAAAAUGCAGAGUUUGGAGGAUUUGAACCUCUCUCAUAAUUGUCUUUCCGGUUUCAUUCCUACGGCCUUUGAACAAAUGCAUGGCUUGUUGCAUGUUGACGUAUCCUACAAUGAGUUGCAGGGUCCCAUUCCCAAUAGCAAAGCAUUUGUACAGGCUCCCAUGGAAGACUUGGAAGGGAACAAGGGAUUGUGCGGGAAUGGUAGAGGGCUACGACCAUGCAAACAUAUCUCAAAAAGGUCCCACAAAGGAGUGCUUGUAGUAAUUUUCCCUAUCGUUGGAUCACUUUUAUUUCUUCUUGCUUUCUUCGGAAUUCUUCUCGUUUUACAGAGAAGAAAGAAAGAUCUACAAUCAAAAGAAAGCAACAAGGAUAAUGGAGGACUACUUUCGGUAUUAACUUUCGAUGGAAGAAAGAUGUAUGAAGAAAUCGAAAAAGCAACUGAAGGUUUUAAUGACAUAUAUUGCAUCGGAAAUGGAGGAUGCGGAGUCGUCUAUAAAGCAAACUUGCCAUUUGGUGAGAUAGUAGCAGUGAAGAAACUCAACCCACAACCUGAUGGUGAUCAGAAAAUAAUCCAAAAGCAGUUCUUAAAUGAGAUAAGGGCAUUAACCGAAAUACGACAUCGAAACAUCGUCAAACUUCAUGGAUACUGUUCACAUAUUCGACAUUCGCUUUUGGUUUACGAGUACCUCGAAUGUGGUAGUAUGAGAACAAUCAUGGAGAAUGAAGAGGCUGCUAAAGAAUUAGACUGGCGUAAGAGGUUGAAUAUUGUUAAAGGAGUGGCUCAUGCCUUGUCUUACAUGCACCAUGACUGCUCACCACCAAUAAUUCAUCGGGACAUAAAAAGUAGCAACAUCUUGAUAGAUUCUCAACAUGAGGCACAUGUUUCAGACUUUGGCACAGCUAAGCUUCUUGAGCUAAACUCAUCCAAUUGGACAUCCUUUGCAGGCACAUAUGGAUAUAUAGCACCAGAGCUUGCUUAUACAAUGAAGGUGUCUGAGAAAUGUGAUGUAUAUAGCUUUGGGGUGUUGUCAUUGGAAGUCAUAAAAGGAAAGCAUCCAGGUGAUUCCAUCUUCUCACUUUCAUCUCCAUCAACUAAGGAAAAUAUACACCUGAAUGAUGUUUUGGACCAGCGCCUUCCAUUUCCAGAUGGUCAAAUUUUGGAUGAUCUUGUAGUUGUUGUAAACAUUGCAACUGAGUGCUUGAAAGCUGAUCCACAAUCUAGGCCUACUAUGCUCAUAAUUUCUCAAGUUUUAUCAUCCAAAACUUCACGAUCCUAG